AGCGGCUGCGCUGGAGCUCCUCUCUUCUCUCCUCUCUAGCGCUGCCAGUGGACAAUCAAACCUACACACCCACCUCUGUCUACACUCGCCUGUUCAACAUUUCUUACUUCUGCUAGAAAAAUACAUCGCUACACCAAACCUCAGAGCUGUGAAUCGCAGCGCGGCGCAUCGUGAUACACCAGCAGCAAUAGCUCCAAAAGCAAGCACAACAUGGAGUCCCCUCCAGAUCCAGCGAGCGACCCGGGCAACGGCGUCUCAGAGCCGGUUACCCCGGUCAGGGAAACCCCGGUAAACCUGGAGACCCUCCGCAAAGCUGAGCACCAAGCCCCGGUGCGCCGGCAGAGCUGCUCCAGCACCAACAGAGGUAUUUCAGUAACAAAGAAGACACACACCUCUCAAAUCGAAAUAAUUCCCUGCAAGAUCUGUGGAGACAAAUCAUCAGGCAUCCAUUAUGGCGUGAUAACGUGCGAGGGCUGCAAGGGCUUCUUCAGGAGGAGUCAGCAGAGCAAUGCGGCGUACUCGUGCCCGCGUCAGAAGAACUGCCUGAUUGACCGCACCAGCCGGAACCGCUGCCAGCACUGCAGGCUGCAGAAGUGUCUGGCCGUGGGCAUGUCACGUGACGCGGUGAAGUUUGGCCGAAUGUCAAAGAAACAGCGGGACAGCCUGUAUGCGGAAGUGCAGAAACACCGGCUACAGCAGCAGCAGCGGGACCACCAGCAGCAGCCCGGUGAAGCCGAACCCCUUACCCCAACUUAUGGCCUCUCCACCAAUGGUCUGACCGAGCUCCACGAUGAUCUGAGUGGAUACAUGAAUGGCCACACGCCGGAUGGCACCAAGCCUGACUCAGGAGUCAGCAGCUUCUACCUGGACAUCCAACCCUCACCUGAUCAAUCCGGCCUGGACAUCAAUGGCAUCAAGCCAGAGCCCAUCUGCGACUUUACCCCUGGCUCAGGCUUCUUCCCCUACUGCUCCUUCACCAAUGGGGAGACGUCCCCCACCGUUUCCAUGGCUGAGUUGGAACAUCUGGCCCAGAACAUUUCCAAGUCCCACAUGGAGACGUGUCAGUACCUGAGAGAAGAACUUCAGCAGAUGACCUGGCAGGCGUUCCUUCAGGAGGAGGUGGAGAACUACCAGAGCAAGCCCAGGGAAGUCAUGUGGCAGUUGUGUGCCAUCAAAAUCACAGAGGCCAUUCAGUAUGUGGUGGAGUUUGCCAAGCGCAUCGACGGCUUCAUGGAGCUCUGUCAGAAUGAUCAGAUAGUGCUUCUCAAAGCAGGCUCUUUGGAGGUGGUGUUCGUCAGAAUGUGCCGUGCCUUCGACCCUCAGAACAACACAGUCUAUUUCGAUGGAAAGUAUGCCGGGCCUGAUGUCUUUAAAUCAUUAGGCUGCGACGACUUGAUCAGCUCUGUCUUCGAGUUUGGGAAAAACUUGUGUUCUAUGCACCUCUCUGAAGACGAGAUCGCCCUGUUCUCCGCCUUCGUCUUGAUGUCUGCCGACCGAUCCUGGCUCCAGGAGAAGGUGAAGGUGGAGAAACUCCAGCAGAAGAUCCAGCUGGCCCUCCAACAUGUUCUGCAGAAAAACCACAGAGAGGACGGCAUACUGACAAAGUUGAUAUGCAAAGUGUCCACGCUGCGAGCCCUGUGCAGCCGGCAUACGGAAAAGCUGACGGCGUUCAAAGCAAUAUACCCAGACAUUGUCCGCGCACAUUUCCCCCCUUUGUACAAGGAGUUAUUCGGAUCGGACUUUGAGCAGUCGAUGCCCGUUGACGGGUAGCAUUUCCCUGCGCCCUGAUGCCACACCGUGGGGAAUGUCAAGCUUCAAUCUGAGACACUUUAGCAGUGCCCUGCACACACACACACACAUAUGCACACACACCUGGAUGGACGACACACUGCACACACACACACACACUUUUCCCCCCUAACCUUUUUUUUUUUUGGCCAUUUUUUUUUCGUCAGGGAGAUGAUGAUAAUGGACUGGGUAGGACUCCAGCGGUUUAUUUUUGGGGGUUUGUUCCCUCUUACUGACACAGGUGGGAUUCGGAGCCCAGGGGAGAGGACGAGAAGAUGAAGACACUUUUUUUUUUUUUUCCUUCUCUCUCUCUCUUUCUCUCUCGUUCCUUUCCAGAGCCGUCCCGUGGCGAUUUGUCACCAUCAGCAUAAAUAGUUCUGACUCGUUUCCAAAACGAUUCCCAGAGAGAGCACCUAAACUUUUCGCAGCCCCUUCCUCAAGCCACGAAUGAAGUUGCGAUAAAAAAAGCUGAUUAUCUGGACUGUUCCAGCAGUUAUAGUAGCACCAAAACAAGUGUAGAAGCAUAUGUUGUGGUUUCUUCCUUCCCUUGGAUUUUAGUUUUUGGGAUGCGAAACGAAGAAGAGAGAGAGAGAAAGAGAGAUACAUAGAAGAAGACACCUCCGAACAGCACCUUUCUACGGACAAUCGAGGACUAAAAAAACAACAACAACAAAAAAAAGAAGGAACAACGUGUAGAAUUCUGGUAAUUCUAGUCGUAAAGCGUGCGAUUGCUUUUAGCCGUCAGAGACUCCAUCUAUCAUAGUUGCUUAGUGAUAUCGUUUAAGGCCAUCUGCUAUUAAGUCCCUCUCUGGAACGGUGUUUUAUCGUAACGUAACGGUCUGACCACAAACAUCGAUGCAAUGCAAAGGGUCCAUUCCACCUGUUUUCUAACGUGUUACAGGGUAUACGGUCAUAAGUACAAACUAUACAGAAGAAGAAAAAAAAAUAAUGUUUAUAGAAUCUAUUUUAAAUAACAUGUAUGAUAUUUAGUAGCUAGACUAUUCUUAAUUGUGAAAAAUCGAUAAGGCACUUUUAUUUGCACCUUUCUUUAAUUUAAGACUUGUAUAUUUACCUAGUGAUGUGUUGCAUGUAUAAAUACCACGGUUCUGGAGAGUGAUUGCUGGAAACCCAACGCUGCUGAGGGUGGGUGCGUGUUUGCGUGUGUGUUUGUGUAUUUAUUUGCGCGAGGCGGAGGUUGGUGCUGGGGAAAGGCGGGUCAUGUGAUCUGGGAGUGUAUAAUCAUUUUUUUUUUGGUCAUUUAAACUGGAACUAAGCUCUAGUUCUUGUGAACCUAAGCACACGGGGUCUAUUCAGUGAAAUAAGACCCUUUUUUUUCUCCAUACGUCAUUUGCUGUUUAAUGGUUCCCUCUAGUGGUGGUCCACCAGAUCUGUUGGCUGAUUUACUUAAACCGACUAUUGUGAGGGUCUUUGCCCAGCAACAACGCUCGUCGGGAACGUAAGAGUGAGGAAAAAAUACAAAAAGAGACAUAUUCAAAGCCUUGUCUGGUUGAAAAUCCUCUAUUUUUGUAACAUUGUACAGUGCUUAUGAAGCCUAUGAGAGAAAAAAGGGAAAGAAAGAAGAAUGAUUUAGCACUUAAUCCUGCAAUAAUUAGAAUAUGUGUGUUUUUUUAAUGAUUUUAUUUGUCUUUUUCGAAGAACAAGACAUUUGUAGUAAUAGUGCUAUUUUUCGGAAAUACCUAACUGUUGUGUGUUGCGCGUGUUUGUACGUCUUUUGAAUGUGCCAUAGUGGUCUUUCCUGCUUUUUUUUUUUUUUUGAGUCUAAAUAACAAAAAGAUUUGUUGUAUUGUAACAUUCCAGUAAAAAAACUACUUAGAAAAUCCCACAAUAAUCCAGAAGAAGGAGAAAAAUAAACAUUAUUGAUCCUCAACCUGCUUACAGACAUUCUGACAAACAUCCAGUAUAGAUCUUGGUAGCUUUUGUGUCAUUCCCCCCAUAAUUUCCUCAGGGAAGAGUCUGUCUAACUCGAUUCUGAAGCCGGUAGCUAAAAAAAAAUGUUAGUCAGCUCUAUGUUACAUCUAAAGCUCAAUAAUUUGAUCUUGAUGGCCUGUUUAGAACAAAUAAAUAGCAUUUUUAAUAUAAGUAAACCACAUCACUAAACGAUUAGUCAAUGCAUUCCAUCAUGAAUGACAAUCCAGGUUCAUGUUUAGUUGUAAAUCAGCAGUUUGUGCACUACACGGCUCAGGGAGAGAGAUGCGGUGAUGAUUGAGAAAACUGAUAUAAUGCGAUCAGUUCCAAACCUAGUGAGCUGCCUACAUAGCGAAAAAUGUGUGUUCACUACUUUAUUUUGACCAAAUUUGGCCGUAUAUUGCUGAAAAGCCAUUCCAACAUGGAGAUAUGAGAUCAAAAGAUAUGAUAAUUAUGAAUUUACGCCAUUCAGCAUCAUAAAUAAUGACAAAAUGCUGUUAAUAGUGCAAUAUUUACCCAACAAUUGUGGGAAAUUUGCUCAAUACUUAACAUAGCAGCAUACUGAUGUAAAAACUCCAUUGAAAUCAAUUGAGAGAAGACACACCGUUUGGUAAAUAGGUGCCGCCUACAUGACAUUGUUAAACAAACAUUUAUAAAAGUUGGGAAAUAAAAGUGUUCCCCCUCACUAAUUUAUGUUUAAAUUUUAAGGCAUGUGCUGUGUCAUUCUUUUAGCAUAGCAACAUGCUAGUGUAAAAUUAAAUUGAAAUCAACUGUAAGAGAAAACAAACAUGCUACAUGGUAUUUUUGUAGUGGACAGGGAUGUUUUCUAUGUACAAUAGCCCAAGUAAUAAGGUUUUGUUGCCUAUCUAGACAGCAAAAAUGUGUUGCCAGAAUGGUGAGAAUUAGUAAAUAUGUGCUACACUGAUUUGCUUUUAAAUUGUGUAUUGCGGUAAAAAAAAAAUCUUCCAACAUGGCGUGCUAAUUACAUCCUAUUCUAUACUAAAAAAUGUUUUUAAUUUAAUUUUAUAGUUAAUACUCACCCAAAGUUUAUGCUUUGUGAAGCUUGUUAAUGUAUAAUGUGUUUAGCAUAGCAAUGUUAACUUAAUGAAGGUUAUUAAAGUAGAAUGUAUUUAGCAUAGCUACUUGCUAACGUAAAACCAGCCUGAUCUCACGAGAAAACGUAAGUGUUUUACGUUUUGUCAGUUAAGUAGCUAAUUCGUACGAAAUUAUACGAUUUUAAAAAGGAGGCGUGGCAUCUAACAACCCCCAUACCCCCCCUCCCUCCAUCCGUCAUUGGGGGAUGAGCAAAUCGUACUAAAAUGUGCAAAUUAGAUUGUACGAAGUCAUACGAAUUACCUGCUAAAUUAAAAAGUUACGAAUUGCCAUGAGAUUGUGUUGCUUAAAACACAUUAGAUAUCAAUUGUGAGACGAGACAAAACACAUGUUGUGAAUGUAGAUUGAUCUAAACCACUUCUGCUACGUUACAUUAUGCUGCCUAUGUAGAUAACAUACAAGGCAGCUCACUAGGAACAGAACUGAACCAAAAAAAGAACCUGGUAUUGUGUUAAAAGUACAAAUCUGUCACUGUUCAUUCUUUAAUCCUCAUUUUUCAUCUUUGGCAAUUUCGUGCUCAUGUCGCACCCCGUUAUUCACUAGCAUGAGUGCUGUCAAGUCAAGGGAAGACAGUUGUACAUCAUAAACAAUGCGAAAUGUGUCAUUUCAUUUAUUCCCCCCGUAGGCCACUGGAUUUAUCAAGUCACCCAAGAUCUAAUUCCCUAUACUCAAACAAAGCAAGAUACCAACCUCAAGCGUGCUACGCUAAUUUACUUAGCUACAACGUGCGUUUUUUUCUUCUUCUCUGGAUUGGGAUUUGUUUUAAUUGUCGCUGAUAAUUGUUCGAGUCUAUGUGCCAAAUACCUCCUCACGAUUUUGCUCCACCUUGAGACGUCCGUCGCUCGACAAAUACGGGUUUCUACAGGGUAACCACUGCUGUGGAGUCCCCUUGAUGAACAAGCUUUGCUGUCCAAUGAUCUUCAUUCAGAACAACACCAUAAAAGCUGUCACGUUUUGCCACUUUUUUUGCAUGUCGUAUUUUGUCAGUGUAAUUUGUAUUUGACGUUUUAAAGCAAUAUGCUAUGAGAACUUUUUUGGGACAAAAAUUUAUUUUUUCUAACACAAGGUACUUAAACAGCUCCGAAUCUGUGGUAUUUUUAGACGUGUAGAGGUGGAAGAUCCAUUUUCCCUCUGUCUUUAUUGUAAAUUCUUUAUUAUUUUCGUUAAUUGUGGUCCCCUCUUUGUAAGAAGCAAUAUACAUCCGUACGUGGAUGCGAAAGCAUAUACAAGCGGAAGUCUGUGUGUUUUGUGAUAUUUGUAAUGUCUGCUUAAGGUUAAACCCCCCAGACAAGGCUUUAAACGAUCAGGCGCAGCAGGGUGAGAUGGUGAACUGUAUGUUAGAUCUUACGUUACUUUCCCAGGAUUUAAAAUAUUUUACGUAGCACUGAGCUUAAAUCCGUUGACAAGGCUGUACUAGCAUGACACACCGCACUUCGACGUUAACAUUUCAAUUAGAUUUAUGCAACAAGGCCUAUGCACUCACGGACUUCGGCACAAUUACCGUUUUUUUCUUCUUCUCGCAAUUCUGAUAAAUGUGUCAUGCUUGCUACAGCAUUCGAGCUGAAGGUUACUAAGAUUUACGUCACUCAUUUUCCUUGCGUUUUUUUUCUUUCCUAAAGCACAGCUGACGCGCGUUAUUAAAAGUGAACUAUGUUUAGAUAAUAGACGAAAAGAAAAGUCUUUUAGCCAUAAACGAAUGUCAAGCAAUAAUAUAUAUGGUGUAUUAUGAUUCAUUUUGUGCAUAGGCUUUGAACAUCUGCAUGUAAAUACAUUUUCUUAUUUAUCGCGUUUAAUUUCUUUUUCCGCUUUGCAUUUUUCAGUUCGUUUUAGUUUUGUUUGUAUAUUGACUAGUUCUGUUCCCGGGUGGAGAACUACGAACGUCAAAAACGGCCUGUACAGCUACGUUUCCCUGUCCUCCUUUCGGCUUUUAAUUCACGAUAUUUAAUGUUCUAUCGAUCACAUGUAUAAAAGUAACUUUGUAACUUCUGUCUGUAUAGGUAAGAAGAGAAUACUGCUAUUAAGACCUGCUCAGUGCGAAAUAUUUAUCUGUUUUAUCAGACACAUCAUGCUGUACAAUAUCUGUUUUGAGUAUACUUCUCUCUUUUAGACUUAGUUCGAUUAGCGGUAGGGUGUGCGGACAUUAAUUUUUGUGUUAUACUGACGUGUGGUGCUAGGUAAGUUACUUUUGUGAACAAAAAUUAUGGAUUCAUAGACUAGGCCACCCUCUUAGUCCAUUCAUUUCACUGAGUAUUGAUGCAUUAUUAAUAUUAGGACUCGAUAAAGAAUAAUAAUAAUAAUAAUAACGAUUAUAAUAACUAUAAUGAUAAAGAUUACGAUAGUAGUAAAUUUACUUUCGAAUACCCAGCGAGUACCUGUAUCAGUGUGCUAGUCUUGGGACACGGCUUGUUUCCUUCCCACUUUUAAGAUUAUUAGCAAGUAUCGGCUAAGUUAAACGUUGCAGUUUUAAAUUUUUGACAAUUGUGCUUACAAAAUGGAUAAUUUAAAAAAAAGCAGCAGUAUUGUGUUCGUUUUUGGGAGGCGUUUCUUAUCCAGUGCUUAUUUUUUGUAUUGGACGCUGGAAGGACUUUAAACACGCGAUUAACUAACGGAUUGUCUGCCACUUUUUGGCUCCCUCCAUAUAUAUUUUUUUUCAUACAUUCAGUUUUGUUUUGUUUUUCAUUUUCAAAGUCACACUUACACACACUCACAUGGUUAAGUGUUAAAAACUGUACAGGACAAAAGCGGUUGUGCGAAGUUUUGUUGCGAAACUUCCUGUUUUUAUCUUUGUAGCAAGGCAGAAUCUACUUGCAAUAAUUCUUAGCAAACGACGCUGAGUGCCUCUCAGUGGUGCAGGAUGCAGAAAAUAUAUUCGUGCGUUAUUGUUUUCACCGUUUUUUCGACCGUGUUUGCACUCGUAAGUGAAUUCUGUCUGAUGUUCCCGACUUUUAUUUUUCGUAUGUAAAUGAGGCAUUUCAUGUUUGUUUAUAGCCAUGGAAACAACAUUUAUGGUCUCUGUGAUGUCCUGACAUUCUCUUUCCGUUUCCCUCCGAACAACUUCACAUGGGACAUUUCAUCCAGUCGGUUGGGUGUAUUUUGGAUAUUCGCAGAGACAAAAUGGCGGACAAUAGACAAUCCACUCCGUGUUCUCCUUGUUGUUUCCUGCCGAUUAGAUUUUAAGUUGACGAUUAUGGAACAAAAUGACUAAUGCAAUGUAUUUUAAGUGUUCAUAUGUGUAUGAUGCAUACUACACUUCUAUUUCUCGUUGAGCUGAAGGGAAGGGCACAAGGGCUGGAGCGGGACGGGUUGCAUUUUGCUCCUGCCAACAUGCGGGGGGCGGGGGGAGGGGAUAAAAAGCAGAAAACAGGUUUGCGGUUUGUCACAUAUUUUUACGUCACAUGUUUGCUACUGAUCUUAAAAUGGGGACAGUCGAUCAUGUACCUUUUUAUUCAGCUCUUUGGAACUCUCUUUAGGAGAUAGUCUCUUCUCAAUAGUGGUUUUGCUCCUUCCGUUUGUCUGAUUCUUAAAUAUGGAAAUAAGUAUUUUGAUUCAUUUUGUAAAUACCGCUGUAAAGAAAAAUAAGAAAUUUAAUGUUGUCUUUUAAAUACUUUUCAUUCUAAUAUGAAUGUUGUUAUAUUGUACUUAGAAACUGUACCUUUAAUAUUACCUUUAUUAAAAGUGCAUUGGACACAUCGAUUUUAGAUGUGCUUUAUGUGCUGUUAUCCCAUAAUAAAAUUUACCGCUUGUAAUGGGCUCUUA